AUGCAGCAGGCCGAGCAGCGGCUGAUGAGCUCCACCACCACGAGCCGCACCACAGCCGCCACAGUCACAACUGCAGCGACGCCAUCGACGCCCGGCUCCUACUUGCUCAAGGGCAAGUCUACACAAACGCAGCGGAGCCCGGCCGCUCCUUCGCCCGCGUUGCGCGGCGGGCGCGGAAGGGGCCGCGGCGAGAUCGCAUCGCCGUCGGCGGGUGGUGGAGGAAGCGGCGGGCGCGGACGGGGCCGGGGUUGUCGAGGGGGAGGAGCCCGCGGCCGAGGCGGUGCGCAGGGAAUCGUCAAAGGCAGAGGGCGCGGAAGGGGCAAGUCCUUUCCCGAUGACGAGGAGGAGCAAGCGCAGGCUGGCGAGGAGGGAGACGAAGCGGAGCGCGACGAUGAAGGCGAAGAGCGAACAAACGGCGGUGGCGGCGGUGGUAGGCGGAAGAGCGGCGGGAGCAUCGACCUCGCGUUCCACUUCCCCGAGCCCGAGGAUGACGAGCCACCGCGGCUCGACCUCGACGCUGCGGACUCGUGGAUAUAUCCCUCCAACUACCCGCGCAGGGACUACCAGUACUCGAUCACCAGGAAGGCCCUAUUCCGCAACACCCUGGUGAGUUUGCCGACAGGCCUGGGCAAAACGUUCAUCGCCGCCGUGGUCAUGUACAACUUCUACCGCUGGUUUCCCGAGGGCAAGGUAGUCUUCAUGGCGCCCACGAAACCGCUGGUCGCGCAGCAGAUCACGGCCUGUUACCAAAUCAUGGGCUUGCCUGAGGAUGACACUGUGACGAUGACCGGCCAGAUCUCGCCCGAGAAGAGACGCGAGGCGUGGCGCUCGAAGCGCGUCUUCUACGUGACGCCCCAGAUCCUCACGAACGACAUCAGCAGGCAGGCCUGCGACGCCAAGUCCAUCGUGUGUCUCGUGGUCGACGAGGCCCACCGCGCUCUGGGCAACUACGCCUACUGCACCGUGGUGAAAGCGAUCGCCUCUGCCACGCGCCACUUUCGCAUUCUCGCGCUCACCAACAUGGAGCAGGUGCAGCAGGUCAUCCACAAUCUGCUCAUCUCGAACCUGGAGGUGCGUACGUCAGAGGACAUCGACGUGCGGGCCUACAUUCACAGCACCAAGCUGGAGAUGGUGCGGCUGUCGCUCACGCCCGAGCUCAACGCCGCGCGCAGUCUGUUCAUCGAACUCCUCAAGAUACCUCUCGACAAGCUCCACAACAUGCGCGCCUUUUGGACGAACGAGCCCGAGAAGGCCAGCAGGUUUCUUCUGCUUGACGCCAAACGCAAGUUCGAGGGACAUCCCUCGCCCGCCAUUCCGCCCAACGCCUACGGCCAAGUGCACUCUCAGUUCGCUCUGGCCAUCACGCUCUACCACGCCUGGGGCCUUCUCAACACCUAUGGGUUCAGGGCCACCAAGAACUACCUGUCCGAUUUGCGAGAGGAGGUGCAGGCGAACAAAGAGGGCACGGCCAAGUCGAAGAAGGCGCUGGUCAACAUGCCCCAGUUCCACAACUUGAUGCUCAUGCUCGAAGAGUUUGCCGACAAUGCCGGCUUCAACCAUCCGAAGCUCCAAAAGGUCGAGGAACUCGUUCUCCAACACUUCCAGCGGAGCCCUGGAGGGAACACGCGGGUCAUGAUCUUCGCUCAGUUCCGUGACACGGUCGAGGAGAUCUGCGAGCUUCUCGCGCCUCACGCCCCGCACAUCAAGUCCAUGCCGUUCGUUGGCCAGGGCGUAGGGCGAUCGUCUGCGGGUUUCACACAGAAGGAGCAGAGCCGGGUCAUCGAGGAGUUCAAGAAGGGCGGCUACAACACGCUGGUGUCCACCUGCAUUGGUGAGGAGGGCCUCGACAUCGGCGAGGUCGACCUCAUCAUCUGCUUCGACGCCCAGGCGUCGCCCACUCGCAUGGUCCAGCGCAUGGGCCGAACCGGCCGCAAGCGCGACGGCCGAUGCGUUGUGCUGGUGACCGAGGGCGCCGAGGAGGCCGUGUUCAAGAAGAGCCAGCAGACCAGCAAGAGCAUUAACAUGAAGAUCAUGAAGCCCGAGAGCUUCGCCCUCUACAAGGAGUGUCCGCGCAUGAUUCCGGUCGAGAUCAAGCCCAAGGUGGACGAGCGGCACAUGACGAUUGCGUCGCCCAAGAAGAAAGUCAAGGGCACGAAGGGGGGCAAGUCGGCCGGCGUCGUGCCCAGGGGCGCCUAUCUUGACAAGCAUCAGGCGGCCUGGCUGCGAAGCAACUACGGCGCGACCGACGAAGUGGAGCUGCCCGCGCUCUCCCUCGACACCCACCUCGAUCGCCAGGCAAUGCCGACGCCGGUGCACGACAUCGCCCAUUCGGAUCGCGCGCUCCUGUUGAUGAACGUCAUGCAAUUCAUGGACGAUAACUCGGCCGACUACGAUGACGCCUAUGGCGACGAGAUGCAACAAUUCCUGGAUAUGGACUACAUCGAACCCGAAACGGUUGCGGCUCGACCCGCGACUCGAUCGCGCGCCGCCAAGAAGCCCAAACUGACGAAGCCGCCACCUGAGGAGGAGGAUCCGCUCGAAUUUGACUUCCACGCCGCCCUACAUAACGUGAAACGACCUGCGGCCGCACCGGUACGAAACAGCCGAGUGAGCUCGAUCUUCACCGAGGAGGAUCUUCACGUGCUUGAGGAGGAGAGACGCCGCGAUAACGACGAUGCGUCGGACGAUGACGACAGCGUACUUGACGACUGGACCGUGCCCUCGUCUGCGAAGGAGCCCAAGUCCAAGGCGAAGGCCACCGACCGGGCGGGACCCCAGCCAACAAAAGCCUUGAAGAGCACCACCACGCUCCCGAGCGACUCGUCGGCGGAUACCAAGAAGAAGGGCGCUGCCACCAGCGCCAAGGCUACGGCCAGCGCCGCUGCGCCCAAGCCGCCCGAGCCCGCCGCGGGCAAUAUCACCUCGUCGAGACUUCGCAAUCUCCAGCGUCGGGUCUCGUUCAGCGACGACUCGCUCAAGAGGCCCAAGCCGGCCGCGAGUGGUCCGGUGGCGGCGGUCGACCCGCCCCGCGCCGUCGUCGAGAAGCAACGCGCCGCCAACACGAAGAGGGACAAGGGCAAAGAGAAGGAGCAGAAGAGCGAUGACGAGUACGAGUUCGAGACUCACGAUUGGGGCGGACUUACGGCGAUGGGCGUCGAGCCAAUGGUGAUGGACGUGAACGAGGGGGUCGCGCGAAAUGACCGGUCGAGCGCGGCGCCGGCGCCACCUGCCACCGCGCUCCAGCGACAAGCCACUCCUCCCACCGCCGCCGGGGCUGCGCACACGCUGGUGGUACUCAGCGACGAUGACGAAGACGACGCGGCAGACGACUUCAUCGCCGCGGCGGAGCGGGAGAGGCGGAGGCAGGUGAAGAAGGGCGAGAAGGAGCGGAGGAAGGAGAGGGAGCGGGAGAAGAGACGGGCGUUCGCGCCGGCGGACUGCCCGAUGCUGAUGAUCAGCCACGCCGACAGAGAGGACCCGGCGGUACUCGACGAGUGCAUGCUGGGCGUAUUCGCGGCCACGGCCGGCAGUGGCGGCAGUCACGCCUCCGUCUCGCCGUCUUCGUUCUUUCCCAGCCUCGCUUCGCUCUUUCUCGCGUCUGUCACCGACAGCGCGGAGAAGGAAUUGGAGGCCAAGCGAGAAGCGAGCCUGGCCAACACGCCCGCGGCCGCUACAUCGGCAGCCUCCGCCCUCCGUCCAGCGAUGAAGCAAUCGCCUUCCGUGCCGCCCGUCGUGACUUCAUCACCCUGUCCGCCUCGCCCGCCGCCCACAGCGGAGGAUUCCGCUCUGUCGACGCCUACGUCGAUACCGUCUGCCCCCAAACCCUCAGCGACUUCGAGCGCGGCCACCGCUGCAUUCGACUCGAGUGCGGUUUCGUUGUCGGCUGGCCAGACGGCGACGGCGAGCAGCACCCGGGCGAAGCCGGAAGAGGAGCACCAGGCCUGGGCGCAGGCGCCCUCGGCCUUUUCGUUGGGCGACGACAGCAUGUUCGACGAAAUCGCCCUCGCCAUCGACCUCGACGGACUGCAGGCGAAGCCCAGCGAGUCUGACGCCCAGCAGCCGCCGCCUGCCGCGGUAGUACAGCGCGACGAAGAGAAGGCCGCCACGCCGCAACCGCCAGUGGUCGAAAGACCGACAACCAAGCUGGGGUCGCGCCUCUCCGCCAAGCGGUGGUCCGACGACUCCGAGCUGCGCAAGGCGACCGCGCACGGCCCGACUUCUCCGCAGCUGCUGAGUGUCGCUGCCGUACCGUCGUCGUCGCCUUCGCCCAAUCCUUCGCCUUGUCUUCCGGAGGCUGAGGCGGAAGCCGAGCCGAGCGCUGCAGCAGCACUGGCGGUGACCGCCGCAGCCGCCGCCUUCCUGACCGUGGCACCGCAGCAGCCGCAGCUGGCCAGGCGGUCGCUGUCGCUCAAGCGCAAGGCGCCAGCGGGGCCGUCCCCGCAGCAGGCGCGAUCCACGACCGCCGCCGAAGCGAGUGCGGGGUCACAAGAGAUGCGCGAAGACGCGCGUGGACGAGCCGCCGACGCGACCGCGAAGGCGCCGGUCGCACUGCAACACAAGCCCAGCGUCGAUCAACUGCAGAGCGAGGAGGACUCGAUUCUGCAGGAAUUCUGCACUCCGCCGUCGGUGGCUCGCGGGGCCACGGCGGUGGACUCGCCCAGCCACCUGCUGGUGAACUCGCUACUGAGCCACGAGCCUGCCGAGGCCCCGCGUCAGCGGAGGCGGUUGCGGAAGGGCGCCGCUACGGCCAAGAAAGCCAAGCAGCAGCAGGCGGCGAGCGAAGUCAUUCACCUCGAAAGCGAAGACGAAGACGAAGAAGAAAACGAAAACGAAGAAGACGAAGGAGAAGAAGAGCAAGUCGAGGAGGAGGAAGAGGAGAUCGAGGAAGUGGAGGAUGAAGGAGAAGAUGACUUCGAGGUUGUCGUCAACGAAAAGCAGAAGAGGGAACCGAACAACAAACGGCGAAGAGAAGAAGGACCCACCAAGAAGAAGGAAGAGCCCAAGAAGAAGGCCACCGAGUCGGCCAUGCGCCGGCGACUGCUCGCCAACAUGGUCGACGACGAAGCCAGCUGUGAUGACGAAGACGAAGAUGACGACGAUGACGACGAAGACGAGAAUGGCGACCUGGAUUCAUUCAUUUGCGACGGCACCAUAGAGGAGGAGUCGCCCAGCGACGAGGCCAGUGAUGCCGAAGAACCAGAAAACGAUCUCGCAAUUUACCGGCAAUCGAUGCUGAGCCAGGCGUCAGCGCGUCCGGCCAAUUUCCGUACGCCGAAGCGGCAGGUGCCCAACAAGUACAAGAUGCGCUUCGUCGAGCACACGCCCGAGACCUCCCCCGCCCCGCGCUCCUGGGAGACCUCACCCGCCACGUCAUCCUUCAUCGCCUCUUCGCCAGACUCCUCCACCACCACCACGCCGUCGAUCAAGCGCGGCGCCCCGUGCGUGCCUCAGCCCGGCCAAGCCGUGUCGGUCGGGCGGCGGCUGGACUUUGGCCUGGCCGGUGUCGAUGAUCAUGUCGACAACGACGCCGAGGCCGAGGUCGUGACCGAUGACGACUACGGGGACGAUGAUCUGGUGAUGUGGGGGCCGCGAGGUGGCAGCUCCAGCUCGAAGACGUCCACGAUGACGACCACGACCAAGACUUCGAUCCCACCAGCUAGAGCUCCGGCUACUCCGCUGUCGGCUCCCGCUCUCGCUGCGAAUUCCUCGCAUGCCGCGACGCCCAACUGGACACUCGGGGCUCUCGAUGAGUUCGAGGGUCUCGACCUGUCGACGGCCUUCCCGCAACUGCCCAGCACGCUCGACGAGCCACUGCCGCCGCAGCACGAGGAGGAGGCCCAGAAGGAGCCGGCCGCGAAGAAGCUGCGGAAGAGCAACGUAACCAUCCAGAUCGAGGAAACCGCUGCCGCCGCUGUCAAGCAGGAGCCCGACGACUACAACGACGAACACUACAACGACGAUGCGGCCAAUUGGAGUCUGGGCGUUUCGUUUUCGUUCUCCUCCGACACGUCGUCUUCGCCGACCUCGCCAGCGAAAUCCACAACGCCGACGCCGGUGAGCGACAUCAGCGCGACAAGCAACAGCCACCACCAGCCGGCGCUCCGCAGGACGAUGAGCAUUCCGCCCUCGCCCUACCUCGUGCCGUCGACAACGACCACCACGACGACGCAGCCGACAGCGUCCAACAAGAAGCGGUCGCUCACGUCCCUUACGGCGCUGUCGUCGUCGCCGUCGACGUCGACGGUGAUGUCGCCGCCGUCGUCGCCCAACGCGUUCCUCACCCCGCCGGCGAUGGCCGCCCCGCCGACGCGUUCCCCGCUACGCCGCGGGGUGACGCUGUCGGCACUCAGCGCCGCGUCGUCGCCCGCGCCAUCGCCCCAGUCGCCCUUCCCGCUCGACGUCAACUCGCCAUCGCGGUUGCCCGCACACCUCCUCCCGCGCAUGCCGAGCACGCCCGAGCUGCGGAGAGCGAGGAAGAAGACGCCGCCGGUCAUCAUCGUGUCGUCGGUGCAGCUCGGCCGAUCGCAGAUCCCCCAGAUCCUGCGCAACAAGUGGAAGGCGCCGCCAGUGGUCUACUCCCUGCCACCACCAGGCGACUUCCUGGUCUCAUGCCGCAACGGAGUGGUCAGGAAGACGCAGAAGGAGUUAGAGGAGGGCGGACAGCGGGACAAGGUAAGCCAGGCCAUCGCCGACGCGGAGAAGGUCGGCCUUCGUCUGGUCUUCCUCCUCGAGCAGGACGAGAAGUCUGGCAUCGCGCCUGGAGGAAGGAACUACGUCGAGUCGAUGGACGCGCUGAUGCAGCUGACGCAGGGCAGCAUCCACUACUCCCUGCUCCACUCCUCGUCGCAGGCCCACUCGGCCGACCUCAUCUACCACCUGGCCCGUAAGGAGAUGCUCGACGGCGGAGGCAUGGUGGGCCUCGGCGCCGACUUCCUCGACGCCAACGCCCGCCGGCUGGCCUUCCUGCGCGAGCUGCCCGGCCUCGGCAUCGUGCCCGUGCUCGCCCUGCUCUCGCGCUUCGAGAACCUGCGCGACAUCAUCAACGCCGGCCCGGCCGACCUGCGGCACCAGCUCAGCUGCAGCCGCGACCACCACGACCUCGUGGCCCAGCUCCACGCCUGCUUCGGCUCCGCGGGCGCCGCCGAGCUCACCGCCCGGCUGCAGCCGGUCGCACCCUUGACGCCCCUCACCUCGCCUUCGUCGUCGUCGUCAUCGUCGGCCGCCUCGUCGCUGACCGACGUCGAGGACGCCACGCCCGAGGCCACCAACCUUCUGCGCGGGCAGCCCAAGUUCAACAUCGCCAGCCGCCUGGCCAGCAAGCCAGCGGCGCCGAGAGCCCCGCCGAGAGGUCGGGGCGGUGCAGCACGGCCUGGGCCGCGAGGGGGACGAGGCAGAGGCAGGGGGGAGAGGGAGAGGAGGGUGAGGUCAUGA